AUGACAACCGCGGAAAGCGGCAAGGAACAGGUCACGGUGGCAGAUCUGAGCAAGACGAACCAAACUGGAAGAACAGCGAUCCAACAGUCCACGCGGCAGGGGCUCAGAAGAAGAAUGAGUGAAACCUUCAAGUUGUCACCCAUUGAGCAGCUAGACGCCUUGAUGAAGGAGCUUCUCGCGUUGCAAGAUCUGGUACUUGAAUCUGGCUCACCGAACGGUAAGCCGUCUGAAAGUCAGAUGAGGCGACGUGAUCCGGACGAAGUCGACGCCUUUUGGCACGAUAUCCGCACUCGCUUGUGGAUCGGCGAGGACGAGAUAUACCCCGGGGUUGGAGAACAGUCGGACUCGGCAGAAAUAAACAUGGAGAAUAGGAGGUCCUAA